CGAGUGGUUGGAGCCAUAUUGGUUUUGCAGGGACCAAAUCUAUGAUCUAAGAAGAAAGUGAUAACCUUGGCUCAAAAUUCACGUUUUUACCAGGAAGUUCCACAUGUCUUAUUAAGACACUAUGCCAACUUACUUUCAAAGACCGGAAAACGCCCUUAAGCGGGCAAAUGAAUUCAUUGAUGUUGGGAAGAAACAGCGGGCUCUAGAUGCUUUGUAUGACGUAAUUAAAAGCAAGAAACAUCGAACAUGGCAGAAGAUUCACGAGCCCAUCAUGGAGAAGUACCUCCAGCUGUGUGUCGAAUUGAGGAAAAGCCACAUAGCCAAGGAGGGGCUGUACCAAUACAAGAACAUCUGUCAGCAGGUAAAUAUAAAGUCUCUAGAGGAUGUUGUCAGGAAGUACAUCAGUCUCGCCGAGUCCAAAACCGAUGCAGCCAGGGCGGAAUCCCAUCAAGCAGUGGUCGACAUCGAUGACCUUGACAAUCCAGACACUCCAGAAAGCCUGCUAUUGAAGGCAGUGAGUGGAGAGGACACUCAGGACAGAACUGACCGUGCCAUUCUGACCCCAUGGGUCAAAUUCCUGUGGGAAUCGUACAGACAAUGCCUGGAUCUGCUUCGUAAUAAUUCCCGCGUAGAGCGGCUGUACCAAGAUAUCGCACAGCAAGCUUUCAAGUUUUGCUUGAAGUACAACAGGAAAACUGAGUUCAGAAAGCUAUGUGAUAAUCUGAGAACUCAUUUGGGCCACAUCCACAAACACCAGCACCAGGCAACUGCCAUUAACCUGAACAACCCGGACUCCCAGGCCAUGCACCUGGAAACUCGUCUGGAACAACUGGACAGUGCCAUCAAGAUGGAGCUGUGGCAGGAGGCUUUCAAAGCAGUGGAGGACAUUCAUGGACUAAUCCAGCUGUCUAAGAAAUCCCCCAAGCCGUCCCUGAUGGCUAACUACUACCAGAAGCUGGGUAUGGUGUUCUGGAAGUCUGGCAGUGGUCUGUUCCAUGCCAGUACACUCCACAGAUUGUACAUCUUGUCCAGGGAACAGAGGAAAAAUCUAUCUGCUGACGAGUUACAAAAAAUGGCCUCCAAAGUUUUGUGUGCCACCCUAGCUGUACCGAUUCCGGCCUCAAGGAACACAAUUGAUCAGCUGUUAGAAACAGACGAGGCGACCAUGGAAAAGAAAAGGAGACUGGCCACCCUUCUGAUGCUGAAUACAGCUCCCACCAGACAAUCUAUGAUCAAGGACCUGGUGAAGUACAGUAUUAUCCAGUAUGUCCACCCGGAGUUACAGAACCUGUAUAAAUACCUGGAGGUAGAGUUCCAUCCCCUGAGACUUCAUGAUCGAGUGAAAUCUUCCAUUGAGUUUAUCAGUGAAAAUGAGGAGCUGAGUCAGUAUAUCCCAGCCCUGGAGGAAAUUAUCAUCACCAGGGUCUUAAAACAGGUCUCCCAGGUGUAUCAGACCAUUGCCUUUUCCCGACUGGCAGACCUAAUUCCAUUCGCCUCCAAGUUCCGCCUGGAGAGAGUUAUUGUGGAUGCAGCCAAGACUCUAGAAUUACAGGUAAGAAUAGACCACAGAAGCAAGUCGCUGAGUUUUGGUACUGAUUUAAUGGUGGCACAGAAAGAGGAUGUCCCAGAGGGGCCCUAUAUACAGAGCAUGCCCAGCGAGGGCAUCCGUAAUCAGCUGAUCUCCAUGGCUAGAGCUCUCCACCGAGCAGUGGAUAGAAUCGAACCUAAAGAUAGAAAGGUACAAAGACACGAGCUUCAAGUACAGAUUGCAAACAGCUACAGGAUGACAGCUAAAAAGGAACAUCAGAGGAUCCUACAGAGGAGACAGAUUAUUGAGGAUCGAAAGGAGCAGCUGGAACACCUCAAUGAUCAGAGGGAGCGGGAAGAACAAGAGCAGAUAGAGGAGCAGAGAAAGAAGGCGUAUGAUGCCGAGAUGGCUCGUCUAGAACGGGAAGCCAAGGAGAGAGAGAGACUUAGAAAGAUUGAGGAACACAAAGAAAUCCAGAAAAAACACGCAAUGGAGAGGAUCGAACAGCUCAAAAAGACCGACAUAGGGGCCAAGGUCCUACAGAAUCUGGACGAAGAGGACUUUGCCACUUUAGAUGUAGAGGACAUAAUGGCUAAACAAGUGGAACAGUUAGAGAAAGAGAAGAAAGAACUGAUGGACCGACUUAAAAACCAGGAGAAAAAGAUUGACCAUUUUGCACGAGCAAAGCGAUUAGAAGAAAUCCCCCUUUUGAAAGAACAGUAUGAUAAGGAGAAAAAGUUGGCCCGUGAAUUCUUUGAACAGCAGGAAGCAGAAAAGAUUGAACAGCUGAAGAAGGAUCGCCAGAUGGCAUUAGCCAGUCGUGAUCGUCUCCACAGGAUGAAGUCAGAAAAAGAGGAAUUCCUGAAUCUACUGAGAGGGCAGAGGAAGGAGAUCUUCAAGAAAAAGUUGGUUGAAUUUGAGACGAAGGUAGCCGAGGAGAGGAAGAAGAGGCUGUAUGAGAGGAAGGAGAAGCGAAGGGAGGAGAGGAGACAGAGGUGGUUACAGGAGAAGGCAGAGGAAGAACAGAGGAGGAGGGAUGAACAGCUCAAACGAGAACGAGAGGAGAAGGAGAGAGAAGAAAGAGAAAAGUUGGAGGCAGAAAAGAAGGAAUAUGAAGAGAGAUUGGCUAAACUGGAGGAACAGGCAGAAAAACAGAGAAGGAGGGAGAGAGAGAUAGAGGAGAAAGAAGCCAAACGAAGGAUGGAGAUGGAGAGAUCAGGAGAUGAUCAAAGAGAUGAUCGUACCAGAACCCCUGGACGUCCUGGAGAGAAGCCGAGUUGGCGAGAUCGUGAACGCGAGAAAGAGGAGGAUAGCCGAGCUUGGCGACCAUCUCGGGAACCAGGAGCUUCAAGCUGGAGAGAAAGGGAGAAACAGAGAAUUGAUGCCUGGAAGAAAGAGCCUAGUCCCACCAAAAGAUAUGAUGAGGAAGAGGAGCCUAAAGGAGAUAGAUGGAGGGCAGGACCCAGGGAUGACAGACCACCACCCAGGGGAUCCUCACCCCCCAGGGACAGCUGGAGAGGUGGCAGGGGUGAUGAUAGAGGUCCUUCAAGGGAUGGUGGUGAUCGUGGUGGAUUUGGAGAUCGCAGAAGAGAUGAUCGUGAUUUUGGUAGAAGGGAUGAUAGAGAUUUUGGACGAAGAGAUGAUAGAGAUUUUGGAAGAAGGGAGGAUAGAGAUUUUGGCAGAAGAGAUGAUAGAGAUUUUGGAAGAAGAGAUGAUAGAGACUUUGGUAGAAGAGAUGAUAGAGAUUUUGGUAGAAGAGAUGACAGGGACAGAGAUUUUGGAAGGAGAGAUGAUAGAGACAAAGAUUUUGGCCGUAGAGAUGACCGUGACUUUGGCCGUAGAGAUGAUCGUGACUUUGGUGAUCGUCGUAGAGAAGAUUUUGAUCGCCGUCCACCUGCUAGAGAUGACAGAGAUCGAGACUUUGGUGACAGGAGAGCUCCACCUAGAGAGGAUCGCUGGAGAUCAGACAGGGAUCGAGAGGGAUUUUCAGACAGAGCUCCACCAAGGGAUGAUUGGGGAAGAGGAGGAGGACGUGAUGAUAGAUUUGGAGAUGACCGCCGAGGAGGUGAAUCGUGGAGGGACAGGCGUAAGGAUGAGGGAGAGGAGAGAGGAGGGGGAGCAUGGAGAGGGGGUGGAAGAAGUGGAGGAGAAGGCUGGAGGGACAGAGCCGGGGAUAAAGACAGGGACGGCUGGAGGGGACGAGAGGACAGGGGGCCGGCCAGAGAUGACAGACGAGAGGACUCUAGAAGAGGUGACACCCCAUCAGGUCGUGAAGGAGGAAAAAGCUGGAGAGAUAAACAGUCCGACAGUGGAGCCAAAAGAGGGCCUGGAGAUGAAGAUGACGGAUGGACCACUGUUCGCUACUGAGGAGGGAGUAAAACUUGUUACUGGAACAGCUGGAGUUAUUAUGUUGUCAUGGAAACUUGUGAUGGAAGACUAUAAUUUAAAGA